AUGUGCGGGUUUGGCCAUUCCCCGCAGCAAGGCUAUGAUAGUGAGCAAGGGUGUAUGGGCCCCCCGGACAGUGGGGUUUACUUGGAGCUACCUUACCCAGUAUGCAAGGUGACAUACCUACUUGGGACCAUGAGCAGUGAAAAGCAGUUGCAACAGUUUUCUAUUUACUAA